AUGCAAAGAUCACAAAAUCACUAUCAGAAAAAGCAGAAGUAAAUAUACUCUGACAUUGAGAGUUGUUCUGAAAUACUUGAUGAAGAAGAAUAUAAAGAUGCACAGCCACAAGAAGGCGUCGCCCCAUUCACAGAGAAGCAUAUCAUUGAGAAUCUGUCAAUAUUUCCAUUCAAUCCCAACAAACCAAUGUGCUUUUAUUCUAUGUUGAAUCAAGGAAACAAGAGAGGAAGAGAGACUGAGAUACUUGCCUUAGAUUGUGAAAGGAUAUUGACCAAGAAGGGUGAGAGACUAGCCCGAGUGUCAAUCGUCAAUUUCUAUGGGAACAUUGUCUUCGAUAGUUUGGUCAAGCCUUGGGCCAAGGUUUACGACUACAGAGAAUGGAUUACUGGAAUUAAGCCUCUUGACUUGAAGCAUGCCCCAUCUUACCCUAAAAUGGCACCCUUAUUGAAAAAGAUCUUGGACAAGAAGAUUGUGGUGGGACACAGCCUGGAUGAUGACUUUCAAGCAUUGAAGCUUAAUGACGAUGAAUAUGAGUGUGAGAUCAGAGAAAUCUCAGAAUUCCAGCUAUUUUAGAGACCCCUUGGAAACGGCGGCUAUGAAAAGAGAAAACUCAAAGACCUUUCUAAGGAUUUCUUAAAUGCCUCAAUUCAAACCGGACACCACUCAUCAGUGAUUGAUGCUAGAAUAGCUCUUGCACUUUACCGUUCAUUUAAGAAUUAGAUUGAUGCUUAAGCAUCAAUGGUAAAGACCAGUAAUAGCAGCAGCAUGCUUAGUUAGAACAUCUCAUCUUAGAACCAAAACUCCUUGUUUUCAAGUUCAAUGGUAGAUGUGACUGAGCUGCCUAUGAUCAAUGAUCUGUUAAAGCAGAUUUAGUUGCUUUCUCCGGUAUUAAAUGGAGUUGGAGGAGGCAUCGGAGGUCCUAACGAGUUUUAGGCUAUUGAAGAAGAGCCAGAAGAAGAAGUCGAGGUUGAAAAUCCUGAGUGCUCAGAAUUCAAGUUCUUGGAAUUCUAGUCAUAGGAAUUCAAAAAUAAACAGUAAAAUUGA